UUAUUUUAUUCGUGAUUUGUGAAUUAUAAAGUUGUGAACAAAGAAAGAUUAGUGAAAAAUAACAAAAGGAAGUAUUGCAAAAAAAAAAUUUGAAAGAGAUAGUCAAAUUAGAAAAAAUAUGAAGAAAAUUCUAGUAUUUAGUUUUAUUAUAGGACUUGUUUGCUUUGCAAGUGCAAUUGACACUUCAACUGUCGAUACUUUAAAGCAAAUCAAAGUAGAUGUUGAGGCUGUUCCAAGCGACACAUCAAUAACAUCAGAAGCAAAACCGGCAACAACUUCAUCACUUCCUAUAACAACAACUGAAAUUGUGCCCGAUAAUGAUAAAACCACAUCUACUACUACGAGUACAACAACCACUGAAAAAACUACAACUACAACUACAACCACAACCACACCAAAGACAACAACAACAACUACUGCUGAAACGACAACAACUCCUGAAACCACAACAACUCCAAAAACUACAACAUCAACAACAACCCCAUCUCCAACCCCAACACCAACUCCACCCCCAACACCAGGUCCUACACCAUCUCCAACACCGACCCCCAAACCAAAAGAACCUGAAACUUUAACAUGGACUACUGAUUGUAUUAUGAUACAAAUGGCGUCGCAAGUUAAUAUUAGCUAUGUAACAAAAGAAAAUAAAACCACAAAUAUUAUAUAUAACAUUCCAAAGACGGCUAGUGUUUUCGAUUAUGAGUGCAACAGCAAUGGCUCACAGUCAAUUCAUAUGACAUGGAACGGUUCUUUACCUUCAGUUCAGAACUCAUAUAGCUUCAUUUUCUUAAAAAAUGAUAGUCUUUUCUAUCUGUACACAAUUCAACUAACAAUAGACAUAACUGAUGAUAUUUAUCCAGAUGAAAACCGAACUGUCAAUUUAGUUCAUCAAAGUGGUCCUCAGGUAUACACUUUCCGUACACCAGUUGGAAUGUCGUAUCAUUGUACAAGAAAGACAGAAUUGGACUUAACACAAUCACUAAGUGAUACAGAAAGUGCUGGUACCCUAACCAUAUCAAACGUGCAAAUAGAAGCUUACCGUACCGGAGGUUCCAAAAAAUUCUCUACGGCUAAAGAUUGCGAUGCUUCUGAUACGCCUGAUGCUGUACCUAUUGCUGUUGGAGUUUCUUUAGCUGCUUUAAUUUUAGUUAUUUUGAUAACAUAUUUGUUGGCGCGCAGAAGGGCAAAUGCUAGAGGCUAUAUGUCCUUUUAAGCUAAAAUAAAAGAGACAGCGCAUAGUAAAAAAUGGACAAAAUCAUAAUAAAUACAUACAUAAAAAUAUAAAAUAAAAGCUCUUAAUGAAAAUAACUAUUUCCCGAAUAAGUGUUUGAAAUCACUUUUGAUAUUAAAUUGCUAUUACAAAACAUUUUAUCAUAUUGACUUCGUAAUUGAAAUUUGUUUUAGUUUUAAAUCAUUACAUUUUUUUUUUUUUUUUUACAUUUCAUCGAUUUGUUUUAUAUUAUAGUUAUUGUAAAUUUUCUUUUCAAAAUUGUAACAAAGCUAAAUAAGAAAAAAGUUUUUAAACAAAAAAGGCUAGUAAUUAGAAAAUUCAAUCAAUUUUUAAAAAGACGUGUAAUUGGUAUGAGGAUGAAAUAAUGUAAUAUCAAAAUUGUAUACAUUAAUUUCAAAUAAAAUAUUAAAUAAACUAA